CCCUCCUCCUCUCUUUCUCUCUUAAUCAAGAGGCCAGAUAACAGUCUACAUCUAUUAAGCAAUAGAGCAGACAGGCUGGUUCCUCAAAGCCCUAAGACCAUCCAGCUUCUAUCGCAGGACAGUGUUACUACGGAAACCAUGUUUGGAGUGCGCUGGUGAUAGAUAUCAGCGGUGUUUAUCUAAUAAUAAUUUGCCUUUAACUGCGCUGGAUGUUUAGAUUCGGCUGUAAACAGCGUGGCUGGCUGUAGUCGAUAGGCGGUCGGAGCUACAGAGGGAGGAAUGAAGUAAAGAAGAUCCAGUUGUCAGACCUGGCAGGAUAUCCACGGUGGAAUAAUAGUCUUGGAGCCCAUGAAGAGACGAUGAGUUGGUUUUAUUGUCAGGGACAGGAAAACCACGCUGUCUAACUGGGUUUGUUCCAGGCUGUUGACCCAUAAGCAGCCUUCACCUCUGAAGCCUCAGACUGUCUGACAGAUCAAGCCCUUUGCACUGCAACGUUUUCAUCCCCCCAGAAUGCACUGAGAUGAUGUGACAGAUCUUGCUCCCUGUGCCUUCCAGUGACUGUACCCACCUCCAAGGCCACCAUGCAGGAGUGCCACACUGCGCUGUGUCUGUCCGUCUACCUUCUCACCUUUUUGACGGGCCUCCCGGCCAAUGCUGUGGCCUUCUACACCUUCAGCAAGAAGGUAAGGCAAAAACCCACACCCAUCGACAUCCUGCUCCUCAACCUGACCAUCUCGGACCUCCUCUUCCUGCUCUUCCUGCCCUUCAAGAUGCAGGAAGUCACGGACGAUAUGACCUGGAGUCUACCCUACAUCCUCUGUCCUUUAUCUGGCUUCUUCUUCUACAUGACUAUCUACGUCAGCACCUUAUUCCUGACAGCGGUCAGUGUGGAGCGCUACCUGGGCGUGGCCUUCCCCAUCCAGCACUCGCUGAAGCGCCGGCCCCUGUAUGCCGUGGUGGCCAGUGUAUUUAUCUGGGUCUUCUCCAUCCUCCACCUGAGCAUUGUCGUCAUCAUGCCCUACUACAACCCACCGCAAGACUCUCUCAGUUCCACAACCAACUCUUCCAACAUCUACGAAUUCUCCAACGUCUCCAACGUGCUCAUUAGUGACAGCGACAACAUUGUGUCUUCCAGGAAUGUGUGCUAUGAGGACUUCAGCAAGAAGCAACUGGCGAUCCUCCUGCCUGUGCGUCUGGAGCUCUGCCUGGUUCUAUUCUGUGUACCUUUCCUCAUCUGCAGCUUCUGCUACAUCAACUUCAUCCGUAUCCUCUCCGGCCUGCCCCACAUUGGGCGUCGCAGACGCCUCCGUGCUAUCGGCCUGGCUCUGGGGACACUGCUGGUGUUUGCCUUCUGCUUCGGCCCCUACAACGUCUCCCACAUUGUGGGCUUUAUAACCAGGAAGAACCCCGACUGGAGGGACAUGGCGUUGCUCUGCAGCACCUUCAACGCCUGCCUGGACCCCUUUAUCUUCUACUUCUCCUCCUCGGCCGUCAGAGGGACCCUAGGGAGUAUGCUGCAGGGGGCCAGAAUCAAGCUGGCCAAGUGUCACAUUCACUGGUCCCCUUGGAAGGGAAUGAGCGAGCCUCAGAUAGAUAAGGGACCCAAACAAGCAGAGAUGAAUGCUAUCUGAAGCUAAUUGAAUAGGGCCUGUAUUAACUGAAAUGAGAUGUUGUGCUCUCCAUGCCUAGAGGCAAGAUAUGAGUGCUCUGAUGUUUAUGUUUUUUUACAUGUGAGACGGGAGAGACUGUCAUUUACUGUAUAUGCGUCUCUGUUUGAUCAUUGGUGGGCAAACUUCCUACUUAGAUUAGAGACAGGAUAUGGGAGAUACGGAGCCUGCCUUCCUCCUGAGAGACACAAAACAAGGGCUCACAAUAGGGAGUUACUGCCUUGCUGCAGAUAGCUGGAAUCAAGUGCAGUCAUUGCCAAUUAUGUAUUAUAAGUACACACCUACUGUGACAUGAAAUACAUUUGAGAGUAUAUUUGUUGUAUUGGGUUGCCUGAUAAGAUUGUAAAACAGAACAGAAAAGUAUCAUUGAUUAGCAGGUGAAGUGUUUAUUUCAACAUUGUUGAAAAUUGUAUUUCACAAGGUUGAAGCCCAUUUACACAACUAGGAGCAGUUUGAUGAUGAUGUCAACUGUAGAGAACAUCAGCUCUAACAUCUGAGAGACACAUCAGAACAACAUCAGAACAACAUCUCUCAGCACUGAGAGAUAAGCAUCUCAAACAAGUGUCACAGUAGUAUCGCAUAUGGUUGAAAAGGAACGAUGAUACAGUAUGCACUGUGUGUGCUAGCUAUUCAAUUGAAUCUGAGCACUGAGCAGAGUUGGUGUGUGUGUGUGUGUGUGUGUGUGUGUGUGUGUGUGUGUGUGUGUGUGUGUGUGUGUGUGUGUGUGUGUGUGUGUGUGUGUUUUCUUGUGCAAGCAUGAGCACACAUGCGUAAGUGAGGGAUUUUGUGUGUACUUGUGAUUCAUUGUGUCCAUAGAUUACUACUAUUGGCUUUGUAAAAUGAAUGUGGACUCACUGUCCCAUUUUGUAUACACCUCUAACAUCUGUUACCUUCAUUGUUUGAUUCUGGGACCAAAUAAAAAUAUUGAUGUUGAAAUAAAA